AUGAGUUCAUCAGACACUUUAGCAUCGCUGGCGAUGGAAAAGUUACCUAAUAAACCCAAACAAAUAUUACGAAAAUUCCAGAAAAGAAAUGUAUUCAUUAAAUUGAUAGUAUUCAUUUUAUUGAUCAUAACUAUAUUAAUAACGGUAAGAUCUGAUACUUCUCAAAACGUAGUCACUACAUAUUUCUCUUCAAAUGGAUACUUCAUACCUAGUAAGAAUGAUUUAGUUAACGUUGAUAUUUCGAAAAAAUUAAAAUCUCAGAAACUGAAUAAAUCUCCAUUGAGUGAAAAGGUAUUGAAUCAAUAUUAUGAGAAAUAUAAAAUUAAAGCAAUUGUACCGAAUAUUGAUUUAGAGAAAGUUGGGAAGAAAUAUAAAGAUAAUAAUGGGAAGAAUAAGUUACAUAAUGAUCAACCUUCGUUAACUUAUGAAAAAUUACCAUGUAGUGAGUUUGAAUAUGAAGGUACUAUUGAAUAUUCUAAAGAUGUCAUUGAAUUGAAAGAUGAUCUGAUUGAUAUGAGACGUAAAAUUUUGAAAGACGGUGGAUUCAUGUCGAAAUUAAUUACAGUUAAUGAGGAGAAAAAUUGGUCAGAUGAAGAGAUUGUUGAAAAAAGUUGGAAAAGGUUUGGUGAAUCUCCUGUUUGGUUAGAAUCGGAACAAUGUUAUAUUUCAUUUACUAGAGUCUUAUAUUCCAGGAUUCAUCAGAAGACAUUUCCAUAUUUAUCAUUGAUUAAAGCACAAGCGUUUGAUAAAGAUUGGAAUGAAAUUAUUGGUAAAAAAAUCCCGUUUAAUGACGUCAGUAUACCUGAAGAUGUAGAAAGGGAAUUGGAAAGUUUAUCCGAGCAAUUCCAAGAGAAUGUUUGUGAUAAAAUUAAAGAUUCAUCAGCACACGAACAAUGUCUUGUUAAGCAUAAUAAGUCAUUAUUAGAACAACAAAGGAGGAAGGAGAAAAUUUUAUCAAGAUAUUUCCAAACUUAUCCUAAAGUUUUUGAAAUUCCAUUCAAACCUGAACGUGAUUAUGGUAAUGGUGCAGAAGAUCCACAUGUAAUUUUAAAGAAAACUGAUAAAGGUGAAGAACCUGUUGUUAUUUAUAAUUUGUUUGAUCAUAACGAUAAGAAACGGAAAAUGUAUGCAUUGCUGCCUCAAAAGAAAGUUGAUCCAAUUAUUGAAUUCAAGAUUAAUGGUCGAGAGGCUAAAGAUACUGAAAAGAAUUGGACGCCAUUUUUCAACAAUGAUGAAGGAGAGAGUGAAUUUUCUAAUGGAUCCAUUCAUUUCAUUUAUAGUUUUAAACCAUUAGAAAUUCUUAGAUGUUCUCUUACUGAUGGGUUAUGUGAUGUUGUUUAUGAGAAGAAAUUUUUGGAUUUAGAUAAAGAAGAUGAUUUUAGUUCUGUUCAUGGUGGUUCACAAUUUGUUCCCUUACCUAAUGUUUUACCUAAAGUGAAAGAUCAAAAUAUAUGGGUUGGAUUUGCCAAAAUGCAUUUACAGAAUUCAGGAUGUAAUCCUCAUUAUUAUAGGCCGAUGUUAAUGUUAAUGAUUGAAAAUAAAGGUAUUUAUCAUCUUGAAAUGACAGUUCCAAUUUUUGAUUUUAAUUUUGAUGUUCCCUCAUGGGAUAUGCAAGGGACAUAUUGUGAUAGGAAUAAUAUUUUAGCACCGCAUAGUAUUGCUUAUUGGGAAGUGGUAAGUCAAGAUCCCGAGACUAAAGAGUAUGAAGAUUAUAUGGCAUUGACGUUAAGUGAAUCUGAUGCAGUAUCAAAAGUUAUUGUAUUAAAAGGGAUAUUAAAUUAUGUUAUUGGUAUGUAUGAAGACAAGAAUGUCAAAGAAACUUUUGUGCUGUAG